GUGGUUGACCCACAUCCUUCGAACAGGCUAUAUAAGCAACUCAUGCUGCAUCUUGUGUUUCAGUACCUCCAUCUAUUGGCAUUAGAAACAAGCUAUGGCGUCUUCAUUGCUGGCUCUUGUUAAAACUUUGUGUUUGGUCCUCCAUGUCCAGUUAUGUGCUUGUGGAGAGGCAGAGAUCAUCGGAGGGAAGAAGGUGAAGGCCCAUUCUCUGCCCCACAUGGCUCUCCUGUUUAACAGGACAGAUCAGCCCUGCUGCGGAGGAGCCCUCCUCUCCUCCAGAUGGGUGCUGACCGCGGCCCACUGUUCUAAUAUAUGUACUGUGCGUCUUGGGGUGGACAACAUUCCAAACAGCUUGACGGAUAGAUCUGUUCAGGUCCGGAAAGUUUCAAAGCGUUACCCCCAUUAUGCCUUUAACCAAACCACGCAUAUUCAUGAUCUCCAGUUGCUUAAGCUCGACCAAGAGGUGAAUCCGACCGAUACCGUAAAGUUUUUGCCAUUGCCCAAUGAAAUGCCAGACCCCCAGGAAGGUACCAAAUGCACGGUGGCUGGUUGGGGGGCCGUCAACGCUUCAAACUUCAAAAUGACAGAUGAUCUGAUGUCGGCCAACGUCACUGUUAUCAAAAGAGAAACGUGCAACUCGCCCACAUAUUACAAUUCUGACCCAGUCAUAACUGCCAACAUGGUAUGUGCCGGAACUGUAGGAGAGAAUGAGAAAGAUCAGGAUGCUUGUAGGGGAGACUCUGGAGGACCUUUGAUGUGCAACGGUGUGCAAGUAGGAGUAACUGCCUUUGGCAGGGGCUGCGCUAAACGGAACAAACCAGGAGUGUAUAUCUUGCUUUCCAAAGAACACAUUGACUGGAUAAAUGGGAUAAUGCAGAUAUAAGUGUUCCUCUGAAACAUCUGCAACUCAAGGAUGUCAAAAUUAUUUUCAUAUAAAUUGAUUGAAAAUCUGAAAAAUAUACAUAUGAGAUAAUGAUGAUUCUUGGAUAAAAUAUGUUCCAUAGUCAACCCUAUCUUGUGUCAAGGCACCACCAGGCUGGUGAAAUUCAAUGUUCUUAUGGUACUUGUGAGAUUCAUAUUUUUAUGUACUAUUAUUAAGUAUUAAGUCAAAUCAAUCAGGUAGUAAAAGUUAUGCUAUAGCAAUAUCUAUGUUUGCAAGUCAUGUAAGUCAUAAUAUAUAUGGGUGAUUUUUUCAUUUUUACUUGCUGUAAGGUUAACAUAGAUAGAUAAGGAGUUCUAAACUCAUAGAACAGCCAGGCCUUAGAAGGCCCAUUUGCUCUUGCAAUGUGUGAAAGGCUACUUCAAGACAAAGAGGUUGUGAGUGUGGUGAAUCUUUGCAUAAGGGAGUGUUCCAGUUGCAAAGCAGGAAGCGCGCUCUUGUUAAGGAACCAGCUCAGCUGAGGCAUCGGCAUGGACAGGGGAGAAGAACAGCAGGAGGAGACAGGUCGAAGGAGUAACCAACAGUAUAUUGUGUUUGUGAUCAUGUGUGGAGCUCAGACUUUACAUGGAGUUUUGUCUCUGUUCUGCAUAACGUAUUGAAGUAUUGUGUAAGCUUUGCAACGGCAUAGAAUAAAUUAUCUUACAUUUAAUUUA